AUGGGUUGUCCAUCUUCCAAGUCCUUUUUAAAUACCCCAACCAGUGGGAGCUGUCCAGCAAAGCAAACUUCUACCCUGUUUGUACCAGAAGUUCACAUGAGGAGACAAGAGCAAAGUGAAGACGUGUUAGACCUACAGAGAGAGAGAGAAUUUACAAGCAGGCAAUCUGCCUCUUGUAAAGUCAUCCCUACAAUUCAUCCAACAGCCCUUCCACCACCUCCAUCUGCCAUACUACCAGUGAUUUAUCGCCUGUCUAAUACCCGCCUUGCCUUCUUUUUACGAGAAGAAGGGCCACUUCCCACAUGGAAUUCAAGUAUGCCUCUACUGCAACGGUCAGAGCCCUUUGUGGUUUUUCAAACAAAGGAAUUACCAGUAUUGAAUGUCACAUUGGGACCUUUUGCUUCUGGACAGGUUUUGCCAAAGGAGCUACUUCAGCCUUCGAGUAUACUAGAAGUUCCUGAUCGACUAACUGUAAACUGGAAAAUAAGAGCUUACAUUAUUCGUACAAAGGUUCCUGCCACCCAACCAUUUGUACAGGUGCUCUUUUAUGUAGCUGGCCGUGACUGGGAUGAUUUUGGUGUCACAGAACGUCUGCCUUGUGUACGGCUUCAUGUUUUUCAGGAGAUGAGAGAACGCAAAACUUCUUGUCGCCUACGGGGAACUCUUGCCACAUGUCUUGCUCAAGCAGAACUGCCUCAAAUUUGGUUUGGGUGGACAGCGGCACCUAUGGGGAGACGGAAAUCAACCCCCGAAGGAGCAGCAGACCUUAAUGGGGAAAGCCAACAAAUAGAACUUUUCUACACUUUACAUACACCAGACUCCACCGGAAGCUGCCAAAGUGAUUUAAGUACACGGAGAGGUGGAGAAGGCCCAACUCAACAUCCACUUUUAAGGAUUGGUAGUGUUAGCCUAUACCAACCUGUGCAGGUUGAUCAGAUUCAAGAACAACAUUUGGAUACAAAUAUAUUUAUCAGGCUUCCAGAUCAGCCGCUACGUCCUGGAGAGAUCCUUAGCAUCUUGCUUUACCUUCAACCAAAUUCAACUGUAGAACACUUCACAGUAAGGGUGAAGGCUAAGAAAGGAAUUAACUUGCAGAGUACCAGAUCCCGGGAUCUUCAAUGGGUUGUCAACUCAGAGCUUCUAACAGGUGGCAAACAUUCCACCGCAACAGUAGAUGUGACAAAGGUUCAGGCGCUCCCUCACAGGAUGGAUGAACCUAUUAAUCCCAUAAUGCAGCUGGACUUCGAGAUGGAGAAUUUCACAAGUCAGUCUGUUAAAAGGCGUAUAAUGUGGCAUCUAGAAUAUCAAGGUCAAAAGCCUCCUUCUGAAAUGGAGAAAGCAGUGACAGAACUGACAGUGAUCCAAAAAGAUAUCCGAGCUAUAGUCCCCCUGGCAAUGGACACUGAGAUAAUUAACACAGCUAUUUUAACAGGCCGAACAGUGGCUAUCCCAGUGAAGGUCCUGGCCAUUGAAGUUUCGGGAAUCAUCACUGAUAUUACUUCUUUAACAGAGUGUAAAUCCCGCAAUGAGGACAUUAUCAAGGUGUCAAGUAGCUGUGAUUAUGUGUUUGUUAGUGGAAAGGAGAACAGGGGAUCAAUGAAUGCACAAGCGGUUUUUACCUAUGAACAUCUCAGUGCACCAUUAGAAAUGACUGUAUGGGUACCCAGACUCCCUUUAUCCAUUGAACUCUCUGAUUCAAAACUAAGCCAAAUAAAAGGCUGGAGAAUUCCAAUACUACCAGACCGCAGGUCAGUACGUGACAGUGAUGAUGAUGAUGACGAAGAAGAUAGAAAGUUAAACCGGGGUUGCACUCUUCAGUACCAGCAUGCCACUCUGCAAGUCUUUACCCAGUUCCACACCACUUCAUCUGAGGGCACUGACCAGGUUAUCACAAUGCUGGGGCCAAACUGGAUGGUGGAAGUUACCGAUCUGGUUAAUGAUUUCAUGAAGGUGGAAGACCCAAAAAUAGCAGAAAUGGUUGAUAGUAAUACACUGGCUGGAAGGGAACCUGGUACAACAAUUUUUAAAGUAGUGUCUCCACUUAUGGAUGCAGUGCUGGGUGAAACCACAAUUACAGUGACUGAGGAGAAGGUCAGCAUCGUGGAGCUCCAGGCACAGGUGAUAUCAGGGCUGGCCCUCUCCCUACAUGCCAGCCCAGGAAACAGCCACACUAUUGUUGCAAAGACAACAGCCCAGCAUCUUCUAAAACAUCCGAAACAAGAAGCUCUUCUUAAUCUUUGGCUCACAUUCAGUGAUGGAACCUCUGCGCCAUUGUCACUCUAUGAUCCCAAGGAUUACACAUUGGCUGUCACUAGCUUGGAUGAAAAGGUGGUGUCUGUAAGCCCAGAACGUGCUUUUCCUCUUGUUAUUGCUGGAGAAGAGCAAGGAACAGGCUCUUUGCUUAGAGCAGAAAUGAUAAUUAAUGAAAGCUGCCAAAAAACUAAACGAAAAAGUGUACUUUUCACUGCAAUCGCUCUUGUUCAUGUUGUUUUUGGCUCACUUGAACCAGGAGGAGAAGGUGAGCCUGGGAAAUUACUGACUGAAGUUCCAGCCCACUCACCUGUUCAAGAAAACAAAGAAAUAUCAGGAACAACAUCAAUGAUAACGCUAUCUACAACAGUCGAAGAGCACAGUUCACAUGUUCCUGGGGAUUAUUCUUUACCAAUACCUACAGUGUAUCCUCAAAUGCCUAGAGGAUUAACAGACCUGGAGAUUGGAAUGUAUGCUCUCCUUGGAGUUUUUUGCCUUGCCAUACUGGUCUUCCUUAUAAACUGCAUUGUGUUUGUUCUAAAAUACAGACACAAAAGGGUUCCACCAGAGGGCCAGGCUAAUCCUGAUCAUUCUCAUCACUGGGUUUUUCUUGGAAAUGGACAGCCUCUUAGGGCGCGGGGAGAAUUAUCCCCGCAACCUGAAAGUCCUGGAAAUCCCUUAGAAGCAGGAACUCUGCCACCUCAUCAUUCUUCUUGCUGUAGAGGAGAAGCAAGAGGAAGUAGCAGUAACAGCAGUUCUCAGGCUAGUGUGCAAAGUCAGUCUCAUGGACGUGGAGAUGGCUCCUCUGGUGGUGGUGGUUCUAGUAGGGAAGCAAGUGAGGACCCUUUAAGUUCUUCUCCAACAUCCAAACGCAAGCGAGUUAAGUUUACUACCUUUACUAGUUUGCCAAGUGAAGGUAGUGUUUAUGAUGCAGUGCCAGGAGCAGAAGAAUGUGAUCUUGAGUGGGUUUGCCGAGAUAUGGGACUAAGAGACCAACAUGAACUCAGAGACUAUAUCAGGAGGGUCAGAGACAUGGCAUAGCCUUAGCAUUUUGUUGGACGUAUUGUAAUGGACAAGAUGGGCAAACAUGCACCAAUUAAGUUUGCUGUUUCCUGCAAAACACAAGAACGGGAUAAUGUUCCCUCUUAUGUCUCUAUAUUAAUGUAUUCAAACCUACACACUGCCACUCACCUCUUUUCCUUCCAUCAUACCAAUAGUCACUUAAGACAUUGACUUGUCUUUCUUUCUCUUUUUCGCUUUUAUUCAAAACACAUGCACAUUUAUCUAAGAGAAGGGAGCAUGUUGUCUACCUAUGUCUCUUUGUUCUUUGAGAUGGAGAUGUGAGCAUUACUAGGCCUCCUGCAUACCAAACUGCUUCAUGUAUUACAUAAGUAAAGUAUAUACCAUUCUUAAGUUCCAGAUGAAAGGUUGAAGAACCCAAAAACAGAACUGGAAAAAUUGUUUUUGUUAAACAAAAACAUGGAAAAAAGUAAUCCAAGUUAUCGAUGACCAUCAAAUUAAUGAAACUGAAUGCAAGAGAAGAUUUUAGAGACAUGGGGCACAAUGAAUCUCGCCAAUCCAAAUAGAAGUAAUUUACUUAACAUAAUUUAAAGUGGAAACAAUUUAAACAUAACCUUUCGUUAACAGAAUAUGUUCUUACCAAUUAUACAGUAUAUAAAAUAUGUGAAUGUGUUCAACAUUAAGCUAUUCAAAAAGCACCUCAAAUGUGACAAGAUUUUUCUCAGGGGAUUUAAGCAGUUAAUGUAGUUCAUAAAUUGCUUAUAUGAGUGAUGUUGUGGCAGAACAUUUUGUGGGAGAGUAGCCAUCUAUGAAUGGGUUGGUACUAAGAGGUCUAGCCCUAUAUUAAUGGCAUAAACAUAUGCACAAAAUUACCAACUCCUAGCAUUUGGUUAUUAUAAGAGGUAAGAGCUCAGCUAAUAUUUGUGUUACUCACACAUACUUGCUAAAUCAGAAUAUUUUGGGUUUAUUUGGUCAUUUCGAGACACAGCAUUUUGCUUGUCAUGUCACCACACAUAUUGACUAUAUUUAAUUGUUGCAAAUGGAAACUUUUUUUUUCUUUAGGAAAUUUGAAGUCAGCUAAUCCAUUCAAAAAUGAAUCCUUGAUUCUAUGAGUCAGUGUUUCAGUCUUGUGACAUUCAGUCUGAAGAGUUCUUGUAGUAGGAUUUCUUCAAACAGACCCUAAACCUUGUAUAUGUAUCUUCAUUUUAUUAUAUGCGAACAUGCAUUUAUUUCCAAUUUUGAGUUUACCAGGAUGUGAUUUAUAUAUUUUCAAAGUAAUAAGACAUUAAUACUCUGACGGAUCCUUAACACUAUAGGACUACUGCCUUUUGAAUUUGAUUUAUUUUUUGCUUUUUUGGGACAAGUGCAUUGAGUGUAUUGGCAGAAGACCACUCACCUGUGUUAAUGGACUAGUGGUGCUACAGAUGCCACCAAGUACGGAGGACAGUGCACAUCUUCUAAUAUCAGGGGACACAUUUGUUGCAGUAUAUCGUUCCCAAGCAGGAUGAAUGGGUGCAUUGAGAGUUCUCUUUAUAUAAGACAUGUAUGUCUUGAAUUUAACCACCAUAUAUGUCAAAUGUUUCCCUUUAAGAAAUAUAUGGGAAAAAUAAAGUUUGGCA